AUGAUUUUCGUGACCGUAAACUGCACCUUCAAUUCAACCGAGAUUUGCUCCUUGCUCUCCAACGGUACUCGCAUCAAAGAUCCUAGCGCUUGCAACAAAUGGAUAACGUGCAUCGAUGGGAAACCAUUAAAUGGCAGUUGCGCAGAUAAUCUCUUUUACAAUCGCAACACAUAUUCUUGUGUGGCUGCCGACAGCAUAAAGUGUAUAUCGAGCAACCCAUGUGCGGCAUUGAAUGGCGUCAGCGGCUUUGCGGCCGAUCCUUAUGCGUGCAACGGUUACUACUAUUGCAAUGCUAACGGGGUAGGGACUCGUGGCGAAUGCGACACAGGCUAUAACUUCAAUCCGGGUACUACGGAUUGUAUCAAAGGCUAUCCGUGUACGCUGCAAAUGAAUCCCGAUAGUUAUUGCAAUAUCCUCCCCGAUGGUGUAUUCAUUAAGGAUCCCCUAAACUGUGUUGGAUACCAACUGUGCUGGAAGGGACAAGUAUUGAAUGGCACAUGCCCUGACGGGUUUUACUAUGAUGCGUCCGCCGGCGACUGCGGUUAUGCUUCCAAUGUGGAGUGCGCUGAGUCGAUGAGCACCACAACUUUGCCACCAGCAACGGAAUAUUGCAAUGAGACGGGCAUAUUUGUGUCAGAUCGACGCAGUUGCAAUGGCUAUUACUACUGUCGGGCAUCGUUGGAUAGUGUCUCUGGCAUUGAGUUACAAUAUGGCACCUGUCCCAUGGGGAAAUUCUUUGAUGAGGCAAACGGUGGCGAAUGUGUGCCACGUACCGGCAUCGUCUGCAAAUUCAAUCGUUGUGUUGGCCUCGCUAGCGAUAAAAUCGAGUUGGUUAACGAAACGAAUGACGGUUGCCAUGGCUAUACGCUAUGUCAAGAUGGCGUGGCGAUUGGUAAUGGUACCUGUCCUGACAACCACUAUUUCGAUGAACUAAGCCAGCUGUGCACAAGCGAGGUGAUAGACUUUCCAGCGUGUGCCUCUACGUCGUAGGGUGUCACUCAAUGAAGAUGAAUAAAAAGAUAAUAGGGGUCUUCAUGUAAAGUCAUAAAGGGA